AUGCGUGUGUUUCACACAGGUCCUGCUCAGUCGGCCAUUCUGAUGGACAGACAGGUGGUGAGUCUGUUCCUGCACUUCACGGUGAAUCCUAAACCGCGUGUGGAGUUCAUCGACCGGCCGCGCUGCUGUCUGCGGGGGAAAGAGUGCAGCAUCACGCGCUUCGGGCAGGUGGAGAGCCGCUGGGGUUACAGCGGGACCAGCGACCGCAUCCGGUUCUCUGUGAAUCGCAGGAUAUUUAUCGUGGGGUUCGGGCUUUAUGGAUCCAUUCACGGACCUACAGACUAUCAGGUCAACAUACAGGUGCGGCUGUCGAACGAAACAUGAUUUUUAAGCAAUACAAGUUAAUUUUAAUGUGAGGCAUGUCAAACUUGUCAAUUCCCUGCUCAGUGAAUUGUUACAGAUAUACACAGUAGGGA